CUUCCCAUAUUACCUUUUACUUACUAAGCAGAACUAUUUGCAUGGGGGUCCUUGGCACAGGAGAAAGGAUGGAAUGUUUAAACCAGAGGUUCGGGGCAGUUGGGAAAUGACAGUUGGAAAGGAAAGGGCUUGACAAAAGAGCAGCAAACCCCUGAGAGUACAGAGGCAAUAGGCAGGCAGAGGUGUAACAAGAAGUGGGAACUUUACAGAAGAGGUGUGUCAGGGGCACCUAAGCAAGUUAAGAGAGGAAAAAAAAAGUGAUUGAGCAAAAGAAGAAACCAAAUGAACCCAAGGGAAAGUGAGAGCAGAGAAAGAGUCAGUGAAAGACAGACUUCUACCCACAAAAACUGAGCACGUGGCUGCCGAUCACACUGCACUGACUAUAGGAAUAGACUUCUAAGGAGUCAGAGUGAUCUGUGGACUGAGAAAUUGGUUUUCACUCUAUUAGCCGUGGCCCUGAUGUUCAAAUUCCCAUACUAUCUUCAUAGCUGGGAUCAUAUUGUUUGAGACCACUGCUCAAGCUAUCACCUGGUUCUCUAUUCUCUCACUCUUCACGCAGGUAUGGGUGCACAACCCAAAUAAGCAUAAAACUCAUCUUUAAAAUAUCAUCUUCCAAAGCUGGUGUUGCAAAUAUUAACAUUAAGCAAAAGUUGAAUGGGCCAUUCACCAAAAGAAAAACUAACAAGGAAGUCAGAAGCAAAAGUUUUCCUGGCUGUAAAGCAAGAUUGAAUACAAUGAUCUUGUGUCAGAGUUGAAUUUGGUGUAAGAUGUCUUAUGGUAAAAUAACGUUCCUAGACACAGGAAUACAAGAACUCAUGGGACAUGACCAGGAAAGAAAGGAGAAAACAAUCUGUAAGAGAAGGAAAGAAGAUUUGUGGAAAACUUGCUGGCCAGAAGAUAAAGAAAAAUAGGGAUAUGUCCUCAGUACCAACCACUCCUCCGUCAGUGGAUAAAGUGGACGGAUUUUCUCGGAAGUCCGUCAGAAAAGCCAGACAGAAGAGGUCACAAAGCUCCUCCCAGUUUAGGUCUCAGGGCAAGCCUAUUGAAUUAACUCCUCUGCCUCUGCUAAAAGACGUUCCAUCUUCAGAGCAGCCUGAACUGUUCCUAAAGAAACUUCAGCAGUGCUGUGUAAUUUUUGACUUCAUGGACACACUAUCAGACCUUAAAAUGAAAGAAUACAAGCGCUCCACUCUUAAUGAACUGGUGGACUACAUUACAAUAAGCAGAGGCUGUUUGACAGAGCAGACUUACCCCGAAGUAGUUAGAAUGGUAUCUUGCAAUAUAUUUAGAACUCUCCCACCUAGUGACAGCAAUGAAUUUGAUCCAGAAGAAGAUGAGCCCACCCUUGAAGCAUCCUGGCCACAUUUACAGCUUGUAUAUGAAUUUUUCAUACGUUUUUUGGAAAGCCAAGAAUUCCAGCCUAGCAUUGCCAAAAAGUACAUAGAUCAGAAAUUUGUAUUACAGCUUUUGGAGCUAUUUGACAGUGAAGAUCCCCGAGAACGAGAUUACCUUAAAACAGUCUUACACAGAAUUUAUGGCAAGUUUCUUGGUCUUAGAGCAUUUAUCCGAAAACAGAUUAACAAUAUUUUUCUACGGUUUGUUUAUGAAACUGAACACUUCAAUGGUGUAGCUGAACUGCUGGAAAUAUUAGGAAGUAUUAUCAAUGGUUUUGCUUUACCUCUAAAAGCAGAGCAUAAACAGUUUCUGGUGAAGGUGUUGAUUCCUUUACAUACUGUCAGAAGUUUAUCACUCUUCCAUGCACAGCUGGCAUAUUGCAUAGUACAGUUUCUGGAGAAAGAUCCUUCACUCACAGAACCAGUCAUUAGAGGUUUAAUGAAAUUCUGGCCGAAAACCUGCAGUCAAAAAGAGGUCAUGUUCCUUGGGGAGCUGGAGGAGAUCUUGGAUGUGAUUGAACCUUCACAGUUUGUCAAAAUUCAGGAACCUUUGUUUAAACAAAUUGCCAAGUGUGUUUCUAGUCCUCACUUUCAGGUGGCAGAAAGGGCACUGUAUUAUUGGAAUAAUGAAUAUAUCAUGAGUUUGAUAGAAGAGAACUCCAACGUUAUACUUCCCAUCAUGUUCUCCAGUCUGUAUAGGAUUUCUAAAGAACACUGGAAUCCGGCAAUUGUAGCUUUAGUCUACAAUGUAUUGAAGGCGUUUAUGGAAAUGAACAGCACCAUGUUUGACGAGCUGACAGCCACUUACAAGUCAGAUCGUCAGCGUUUAUCCAAAGCAGCAGGUGAAAAAAAUGAGGAAACUUCGGGAACUCCGGGCAGUUUGCGACUUCGUUUAAGUCGUGUCUUUUGUGUGACUCGGGGUUCCCACAAGCAAAGUGAAGGGUACUGUAUGUCAUCAAACCUUCUUAGUGAGAAGAAAAAAGAAAAGGAACGUGAAGAACUGUGGAAAAAACUGGAGGAUUUGGAGUUAAAGAGAGGUCUUAGACGUGAUGGAAUAAUUCCAACUUAACAAAAGAAACAAAGCAGCAUUAUUAACCUGUGGAGUCACACAUUUAUGUAGUAGAAGAUGGAGCAACAGUUUUCUGUAUUGUGCAACUUUACAGUAGAUUUCACAUUUGUUUCAUUAUUACAACACUGUAUAUAACUGUCUCUAAGUAAAGGAAAAAAUAAGGACUUUUAUCCAAAGUUUGGACAACAGAUGGACUUCUCAGAACUUUGCAAACAUAAUCAUUGUUUUGACCCUUCUUUAAAACCAGUCUUCAGAGAUCUUUUGAGGAAAAUUGCUAUGUUAAAAUUCCAUUGUCAGGACCCGUUCCUUAUUUAUCAUUAGCAGAAAGUAUGAUACAACUUUCAAAUGUGAACAAUCUUAAAUUUAGCUUGCCUUUCUGCUAAACUGUUCAAUGUAUUUAUAGUAAAAGAGAAAAAAAA